AUGCUGCCUAUACCUCAAAGGACUGCCUACCUUCACCCUGCAAACCGACCAUCGCCCAUUGCUAUUGCCUUGCCUAUCAUCAACAGCUACACGCUGGACAUGGUUGAAAACCCACGGCUCCAGCAAAUGAAGGAGCGCAUGUCGCAAUAUCAAUUUACUGCAGUGUGGCGCACCGGCAAGUCUCUAUGCAUCCCAGAUGCACUUUCUCGUGCACCAGUCAGCUACCCCACCUCUGAGGAUAUGACUGGCUGCGCUGAGGUAACGGCACAUGUCAGAUCUGUCAUCAACCCUACAACAGCUUCCCAGGACGAGGAUGCCCCAACCAUUGACGCCGACCGGACCCUACAGGACAUGUCGAUAGCAGCACAGGCCGACCCCACCUACGUUCGCCUUCGUGACUGCAUCAGUUCUGGGUUUCCCACGAAUCGCUACGACUUACAUGCAUCCUUAUCACCAUACUGGAAGCUGCGAGAAGCCCUCUCUACUGAUGGCAACCUCGUGCUCUACGGGGCAAGAAUACUAGUUCCUGCAGCUCUACGUCGCCACACACUCGCCAGACUCCAUGAUAGUCACCGUGGUGUCGAGGCUACCAAACGUCGGGUUCGACAAACCGUCUUCUGGCCUGGGAUAGACUCGGACAUUGCCAACACUGUCGCUGCCUGCGAGCCGUGCCAAGUCCUGCGUCCCAGCCAACAACGGGAGCCUCUCCACAAUGACGACCAUCCAUCCAGGCCCUUUGAGUCGGUAUCGGCGGACUUCUUCCAGGUAGCUGGGAAGUCCUUUCUUGUAGUCGCCGACCGCCUCUCUGGCUGGCCUGUGGUUGUCCCUUGCAAGGGUGACUACUGCCUCCUCGACCAUACGCCACUUCUGCCGCUACUUCAGAGAGAACGUUGGUGUGUACACCAUAUCACCUCGUCGCCACAUUACCCACAGUCUAAUGGACACGCUGAGGCCGCCGUCAAGGCUGUCAAGCACUUGAUCCUCAAAACGGCCCCCACAGGAAACAUUGACUGCGAGGAUUUCGAUCGUGGUCUCCUUGAGUUAAGAAACACACCCAACCAGUCUGGUCGCUCUCCUGCCCAGGUACUGUAUGGUCACCCUCUCCGUACAUGUGUGCCUGCCCAUCCUCAGUCGUUCACAGAAGAUUGGCAGGAAAAGGCCCAUGACUGCGACCACCGAGCCGCUGCCAGAGCUGCUCAGGUGCAGCGCAACUAUGACGCCCAUGCCCGCCCCCUGCCCAGGCUUAAUGUGGGCCAACAUGUCCGCCUCCAGGACCCGACAUCCCACCGAUGGGACACAGUUGGGAUUGUCAUGGGUGGUGCACGAUCACGCGAGUACGAGAUCCGUCUCCCAAGUGGUCGAGUGUUACGUCGGAACCGCCGCUUCCUAUAUCCACUGCCCACCACCAGUCAUGUUCCCAACUCUGCUCUCCCUGUGGUCCCUAUCCCAGACAUGGAAAAGUCAUCAAUUCCCUCCAAAGCCCCUCGCAGGUCCCCAAGAUUGAACAGGCCUCCAUAA